GCCAAGACUCAGCUCCAAGCAGCACCCCACUUCUCUGCUCUGUCCCCCAGCGACUGACACCCAGGCACCCUGUAAGGAUGAGCACCAAAGAAGAGCCCACCAAGUCCGCCCCAGCCACCCUCUCCAGCUUCACCAUCCAGUCCAUCCUGCAGGGCACUACAUCGGACAGAGGCCGAACCGCUGCCAGGGUCUAUACCAGGGAAGCCAUCUCCUGCCCCAGCACAUCUUCAGAUGAGGAUGAACAAGACGAAUCCUGGAGGGGGCACGGCUGUAACUGCCCUGACCCGGGGGAUAAAGACUCCAAGGGCCAAGCCCCCCACCCCUGCGGUGCCCACAGGUGCCCCAACAGGACCCAGAUGCCCUCUCCUUCCCAGCAGGACUACACAGAGGAGAAGGACAGCCAUUACCCCCAGUCUUUAGGAGACAGGCACAAGGAUGGAGGGGACAAAAUGGGCAACUCUAAGAAAAAGACCCGGACAGUGUUCUCUAGAAGCCAGGUCUACCAGCUGGAGUCCACUUUUGACAUGAAAAGAUACCUGAGCAGCUCAGAGAGAGCCUGUUUGGCUUCCAGCCUUCAGCUAACAGAGACUCAAGUCAAGACCUGGUUCCAGAACCGCAGGAACAAAUGGAAAAGGCAACUUUCUGCUGAGCUGGAAGCUGCCAACAUGGCCCAUGCCUCAGCACAGACUCUAGUGGGAAUGCCCUUGGUGUUCAGGGACAACUCCAUCCUAAGGGUUCCAGUGCCCAGAUCCAUUGCCUUCCCUGCCCCUCUGUACUACCCCAGCAGCAACGUCUCCCUACCUCUCUAUAACUUGUACAACAAGAUGGAAUACUGACUCCCAUCCAAAAAAGUUUGUCAGGACUUAAUAAUCUUCCUUCAGCUGCUGCAACUCACCCCCCUUCUCUCAAUCUGGGAAUGCUGAUACAGAGCAGAAGUGCUUCUUGCAACAAAAUACACAAUGUGUAUUAACUUUAUUUUAUUUCUUGGAUUAUUUACGGGCACAUAUUUAUGUAUCAGGAUUCCUGUCUUAAUAAUGUGUAUAUAUAUAAAUAUAUAUAAAUAUAUCUAUCUAUCUAUAUAUAUAUAUAUAUAUAUAUAUAUAUAUAUAUAUAUAUAUAUAUAUAUAUAUAUAUAU